AUGGCAGCAACAAUCGAGCAACUUCUUCACGCCCAUCCUACAAACCCCGUUGAAGAGACAGGGUAUGAAAGCUCCUCAAAUAAGGCGUGGACUAGAAACUAUAAGCCCAUUGUCAAGGUUACCGUCCAUACAUUUGAACGAAAUGGAGCGAUGGCAGCGAACUUUGACGCCUUUGUUCCUGAGCAAGCGGAUGACCAGCACCGAAAGUCUUUAGGGGCGUACCCACCAAACCCACAUUGCUGGCGGAUGGAUACCGAAGCAGACGCUAGGCAUUGGUUUUAUCAUGAGGUAUCGGACACCGUAAUGGCUGCUUUUGCAUCGGCUCCACCACUGGUUCAAGUUGCGGAGGCCAAGGCCUUUUCGGACCAACAUGUUGCCCACGUUGUAGACGAGUCUUUCACCUUCAAGACGCCACGCUCCAGGAUUCCGCUAGUCAUAGGAGAGUUUAAAAGAAACAUCCUACUGCGGGGAGAGUGGCAACGUGGAAAGAUCGUCUCCGCUGGGCAGUUGACUUUAUCGCGUGAACUUAGAGGAUAUGCUGUUAAAUAUGAGUGCCCGCAGGUAUUCUGCUUUGAUGGCUAUUCCCUACUUAUGCUACAGUUCAAGGCCAAGACGCUUGAGGCUAUCGCUCACGAGGAUUGCAGGGUCGACUGCUGGUUUUUCCCGAGAGAGAAUGCAGGUGGCGUUCCUCUUCGAUACGCCUUCUAUAGGUUGCUUGUACAGGGUCUCCGCAGGUGUCAGGGCCAGCUGUCUCCAAGCAUUGUGACUUUGAACGGCCAGCAAUCCGAGUUUCGGAACUUUUACACUGGGGAGCCUGUCUGGGAGAUUGACGAUUCCCUACAUAGACAUCCGUGGGGCAUGUACAGGGCGGUUGACCCGAGAAAUGGUUCAAUGUACUGGAUGUUUAAUGGGCAGGAGGUCCUGGAUGAAAGUGGUCAGCGUCUUUUAGACGGCCCGCCCUUGUACAACUAUUGA